AUGUCCAGCGAUUCAGAGUCAGACAGGGAGCUGGUGAACAUCACACAUCGACUCGGAGCCACGCGGACGCCCUUCAUCACAGCAUGCUGCGUGGAGCUCAUCUUUUGUGCUCUGAUGACCUCAUGGAUGUCAGACAAUGAACACUAUACAGUCUUCUUCAGAGUGCACGAGGCGAAGAUAGGUAGCAAGAAGAUCCUGGUCUUCGUCUGGGCUGUCUUUGCGAUCUCCGUCCUGGUGCGGCUUUGGUGUCUAUGCUCCACACAUGAAAGUAGCCUGGCUCGGAAGGCAGGGAGGUGCUUGACGGUGAUCUACAUGUUCUUUGGAACUGUGAAUUGGCUUCUGUACUUGACCACCUACUAUGUGGCACAUGAUGCUGCUAGUCAAGUGGUAAGACACCAUGAAGUCAACUUGAAGCUCACCGAACAAGAUCACUUUUUCAAAUCCGCCACAAUUACCCCAAGCGUCAGCAAAUGCUUACUGGACAACAAUUGGAGCUAUGAGGCUUGUGAUCUUCAUGUGAGCAGUGCUUGCACUAAGCCAUAUGACCCCAAUACGGCCUAUGCCAAUGGGGACUGCGUGUCAUCUGUGAACAUGGAUGGAAUUCCUUGUUGCAUUUCCGAAACCUUGAAGAUUGACAAGCCGCAUUUCGAAGUCUUUGGCAAAGAAAUCCGCGUGAGCAUCGUCUUUAUGUUGAUCAAAUGGAUGUCUAUCCUAUUGGUUGGAUGGGCGUUGCGUCAUGGGUAUUUUGCUGCGGGGGUGGGAACAGGAGAGUUCUCCAAAACAGCCUAUCUGGACAUUUUGGAUGCGGUGAUCUUUAGCGAGAACCUCAAUGAGGACAUUGUUCGCUGCCCUGCCUAUGGUAUCUCAAGCAGUGGAAAACCACAAGCGAGAACUUUAGUGCCCUACUAUUCCGUGUAUGCCACCUUUGCCGUUGCCUUUUCGACUGUGCUCCUCUCUCAAAUGAUGUACACCCUUUUCGUGCCUCGAGUAGAAGAGGAUGACAGCGAUGAUGAAGAGGGCGACAACCUUCUACAAGAUGUGGAAGAACAGGAGGACGUGACCAACAAAGCAGCGGUUGAGCAAUCUGUUCGCGUGGCCAUGGCCAGUGACAACACCUUUUCUCUGCUGAGUCGUAGAGCCACCAUACUUGAGCUGGCGAGUGACGGCACCCGCCGUGGCCAUGUGCUAAGACGGGAGAGCCCGGGUAUGUAUCGAGUGAAAUUCUCAGAUGGUUUGGAGCCUUCAGAACUGGUUGUGUCCAUUGAUGAUUUGGUUUCCCCUGACAUAGACGAGGCAGGACAGGGAGCCAACGAGGCAGACAAUUUCCAAAAGGGCUGUCAUGGAUGGCUGAAGAUCAGUGCACUUCACAAGGGCAGCAGGUUGGCACGAUUUGAAAAAAAGGCCAUGGUGCUUGACGCCUUGAGGUCCCUGCUUUGCCUUCAAGUGCCCUUCAUGUUGUGGCGCCUUUACUUCGACGCUUUCAAGGUUGAUCUGCUGGAGUUCGCAGGCCGCACCAUGUUGAUUGCCAAGAAUGCCAUUUGGGCUGCACUGGACUUGGUGAAGAUCCUCUCAUGCUCGAACAAGGAAGCCACCUGCUUCACUGUGAAACCUAUGUCAGUCAUCGGCUCUGCUGCUGACAGCAAGUUUGGGCACGUGUGGGUUGGCCCCAGUGGCAUGGUGGCGACAGUGGCCGAAUGGGGUGGAAUGAUGCGGAACAAAGAGUUGCAGAAAAGCAAGAAUCUGAUCGAAAAAUAUCAUCAGUGGUUGCUGGCUGAGAGCAAAGAAACGAGCCCAGAGAUGACGGAAGCCUAUGGCCGAAAGCUGAAGCAGGUAGAACUUCAAUUGGCCGUCGCGGAUGAGAAGAUGGCAUUCUCCUUUCCUGGCUGA